AUGGAGUCUAGCACGUUAGCUUCGAUUCACCCCGAUCUAGAAGGUAAACUUCGCCAAUCAGUGAAACGCACCCGGGCUAUGUUUCUCGGGACAAAGGCACCGGGACUAAUAUCAGGAUUGGCACUCGCUGUUGAUGACGACGACAAAAGUCAGAAAAUAAAAGUUCGAGUAAAACUGAAUGACGAAUAUGGAGAAAUCAAAGAACUUCCAGCGGCUGUGGCAGCACAACAGGGGGUUAGUAGAGUCGAACCCAAGAAAUCGUUGACUGGAAUGGAGGGGAACAAUGAAAGUACAAGUGCGAAUGGAGCAGCAAAUGAAGAAAGUCAAAUAAAAGUUACUGGUGGAAAUUUAUACCCAAAUGCUCCCGGUGUAACGCUAUCAUCAGACACUGCAAUGGAAAGCGAAGUCUCAGGGACAGGCAUUCAACGGAUACUGGACGAUCUCGAGUCGGCUAAAGCAAUGCAAGAAUCAUCAAAAACUUCCCAUGGUGUUGUUGCCAUAAGACAACAGGCUGGGUUCCGAGCCACUCCUGAAGCCGCUAAACCCCUAGGCUCGUUAGUCCGUCGUCAGACACCAAGAUUACAGAGACCCGAAUGGCAUCCGCCUUGGAAGUUAAUGAGAGUAAUUUCAGGGCAUUUGGGUUGGGUGCGAUCUGUGGCUAUUGAGCCUGGAAAUCAAUGGUUUGUUACCGGGGCUGGGGAUAGAACUAUCAAGAUCUGGGAUCUUGCAUCGGGUACAUUAAAGCUUUCGCUUACGGGACACAUAUCCACGGUGCGAGGAUUGGCUGUGUCGCCGAGGCAUCCAUAUCUAUUUUCUUGUGGAGAGGAUAAAAUGGUCAAAUGCUGGGAUUUAGAACAGAAUAAAGUUAUUAGACAUUACCAUGGGCAUCUUUCCGGGGUGUAUUCACUAAGUCUGCAUCCAACUUUGGAUGUACUGGUUACCGCUGGGAGGGACGCGACGGCCAGGGUAUGGGAUAUGCGAACAAAGCAAUGCAUCCAUGUCCUAAGCGGUCAUAACUCGACAGUAGCGGAUGUAAAAUGUCAGGAAGUUGAUCCACAGGUCAUCACCGGUUCCAUGGAUUCGACAAUACGUCUUUGGGAUUUGGCUGCUGGCAAGACGUUGGUCACGCUUACGCAUCACAAGAAAUCUGUCCGUGCUCUCACGUUACAUCCAACAGAAUUUGCGUUUGCCAGUGGGAGUGCGGAUAAUAUAAAACAAUGGAAGUUUCCCGAAGGAUUAUUUAUACAGAAUUUUGAAGGUCACAAGGCAAUUAUUAAUUGCUUGACUGUAAACGCCGAUAAUGUAUUGUUCUCGGGAGGUGAUAAUGGCACGAUGGCGUUCUGGGAUUGGAAAUCUGGAUACAAAUUCCAAGCGCUUGAAACAACUGUACAGCCAGGUUCGCUCGAAUCUGAAGCAGGCAUAUUUGCAUGUACGUUUGAUCGAACUGGUUUACGUCUGAUAACAUGUGAAGCAGAUAAGACCAUAAAAAUAUGGAGAGAGGACCCGAAUGCGACUCCGGAAACGCAUCCGAUAAAUUGGAAACCGUCGCUAGCCCGCACACGCUUUUAA